GUAUGGAGAGGUGACGCGCAGUGUAGUUAGUUUAGAUUAUCACAGUAGCUUGCGUCAGGUAAUAACUUUCUAUGAUUGACUGUGACAUAUUUUCAGUCAAUUACAAAGUUAAGCUCAUAACUAAGCUCUGGGAACUGCUGAGUUGGACACUUUGGGUGAACAGGUGGCGCGCUUUGGUUCUCCUAAUUUGUUAAUAAGGACGAGACGCACAGACAACGGACUUAAGGCACUUUACCGGACACAAACUAAGCAUUUAGAGGUCAGAGAGGGAAAGCAGAGGCGUCUUUUCCCCUGGCUAAACAGGAUAAUUUAACGGGGAAUUGAGAUGCCAGUAGCGGACAACGAGAUGGUGGUGGACAGUGUCCAUGGGGCAGAGGGAGAAGACAUCCCGAUCUCGCUAUGCAGUCCAGCAGCGGACAUCCUCAAGAACUUUUACCACACCAAACGCGUCGGGAACUAUCUUAUUGGAAGGAAGCUUGGAGAAGGAUCGUUCGCCAAAGUUAGAGAAGGUCUACAUGCCUUAACUGGGGAGAAGGUAGCAGUUAAGGUGAUUGACAAGAGGAAGGCCAAAAAGGACUCUUAUGUGACCAAGAAUCUCCGCAGAGAAGGGCACAUCCAGCAAAUGAUCCGACAUCCCAACAUCACACAACUGUUGGACAUCUUGGAGACCGAAAAUAGCUACUACUUGGUCAUGGAGCUAUGUCCCGGUGGCAAUCUCAUGAACCGCAUCUAUGACAAGAAGCGUCUGGAGGAGAGGGAGACCCAGAAAUACAUCAGACAGUUGGUGCUAGCAGUGGAGCACCUGCACAGAGCUGGAGUGGUGCACAGGGAUCUGAAAAUAGAAAAUCUCUUGUUGGAUGAGCAGGACAACAUCAAACUCAUAGAUUUUGGCCUCAGUAAUUGCGCUGGCAUCCUGGGAUACUCGGAUCCAUUCAGCACACAGUGUGGCAGUCCAGCAUAUGCCGCGCCAGAAUUGCUUUCCAGGAAGAAGUAUGGGCCUAAAGUAGAUGUUUGGUCAAUUGGGGUGAACAUGUAUGCCAUGUUGACCGGGACCCUCCCAUUCACCGUUGAGCCUUUCAGCCUUAGAGCCUUGCACCAGAAGAUGGUCGACAAAGAGAUGAAUCCAUUACCUCCCUCACUCUCUACAGCUGCCAUUUGUCUUUUGAAGAAACUUCUGGAGCCCGAUCCAAACAAGCGUCCCAACAUUCACCAGGUUAUGGCGGACUCGUGGCUACAGCUGGCCAAUAAGAACACAGGAGCACCAUACCUCAACAGGAUUCACAUUGAAGAAAUUAACCACACCGUGUUGAUGCACAUGACAGAGAAGAUGAACUAUAAACACAGUGAAGUCCUGAGUGCAGUGCUCACAAACCGGGCCUGCCACACGUUGGCGGUCUACUUCCUCCUCAACAAGAAAAUGAAAAGAUUAUCCAAAGAGUACAGGGAAAUGCAGUUUCAAGAAAAGAAGAAAGGGGAGAAGCAAAAGAACGAAUAUUUCCAGACACAGUGGAGAAAGCACGUCGACAAACUUACCAUCCCGCCAAAGCAGACACCCGUGUACUUAGCAGUCAGCAAACCGGGCAAGGAAAAGAAGCACCGAACAGGUCUAUUGCGGGCAAUCACUGGUGGCCAUCGUAACUCCCCUCUCGCCCCUCCUGGUACCGUUGCCUCUUCUUCUAUGGAAUACAUGGAGAUACACCCGCUCUUCCCCAAUGAGCCACAGCAGCGAAGGCGUCUGGCCACUCUUCCUCCAGUCAACACGAGCCCCGAACACAACGUUCCUGCACCGCCCGCUCCCUCCCCCAUCGGCAUGCACUCCUUUGGGUCCCUGUCCAAAGCUGAGCAAAUCGAAGACAACCCUCCUGCGCCCUGGUACAAGCUCAUCAACGGGACACUGUCACCCCCACGCCAUGUUUCUGCUUUUCAGCCGGACUCCUCUUAUUUAAAGAAAGCCACCAUCCCAAGUCCUCCUGUUCUAAUCAACAACCCACAACCCAAAAAGAGCACCUCUACAGAUUGGUGUGGGGGCUCUGAUACAAGUGGUAGCCCACCCAGCACCAUUGGUAGCCCACCAGGAAGUUCUGCAUUCGUCCCACCAAAAUCUGCUUUCCACCCUCUCAACCCCCACUCCGCUUUUAGCCAUCCAUCUGCAAAUAACAGCAGCAACAGUGACCCAGAGAGCCCUACUCAUCGCAGCAAGUUUCCCUCAAUGGGAAUAGGACAGAUAUUAAAGAAGAAAGUCCCAUUACAGCCAUUUUCCUUUCGUCCCGAACAAGUUGUAGAGGAGGUAGUGUCUCCGCCUCCGUAUCCCAUGCAAACACUGCUUUGCGCAUCAGGCGCACUCAAAACUCUUUGCUGAUGGCGCAACAACGUAAAGGAAAUAACUAAAAAGAUAGAACGGGAUCUCUCAAAAUGUACAGAAGUUGGAGGGGUCUUCCAGAGCGGCCUUAGUUUGAACUGUGAAUUUUGUUUAUUGCUACUGAGCCACUUUUGUCCAUUUAUUUGUUGAAGGGGAUUGAAAUUAGGGCUGCACAGCAUGAGGAAAAACAUGCAAUAUGCAAAACUGUGGAAAAUUUGCAAUAUUAUAAUAUAAUAUUAUUAUAUAGUAAGUUAUAAAAUAUAGCUGAAAUAUCCCUGUAAUUACUAAUCAAAUAAACAUUUAACAAAGACAAAUCUACAAUUAAAUGUAGAUGACGAAAUUGAAUUUAAAAUAUUUUCAUUUAGUAAAAAUAAAACUGACUAUAAAUUUAGGUCAGAUGGAAAGCCAUAGCCUUAUUGCAAUACUUAGUUCUUGACCCAGUUAAAGCAUAAAUAUUGCCAUAGAAAUAAAUUGUCAAGAUCUUGUGCAGCCCUAGUUGAAAUUAAUCAUAAUUGUCUUGUUACUACUGUCAUUAUGUAAGAAUAGGUGGUGACACAAAGGAUAUGAGAUUUAAAAACUGAUCCCUAAACAAUGAGUAGACCUCGUCCCAGAUCCAGAUAGGACGUCAUGUUAUCCAAGGUGUGCACAUAGGCGCUUACCCUCGUCAUAAGAACACUGUAUUAUAGAUUUACGAGAUUGUCUCUUAUGUAAAAUUGUAAUAACUGGUUACUAAUUGAACCAUCUACUGAUUCACACCAGCUAAAGGAGCCCAACCUGUCCCCUGCCCCAUAAUAUGUGUUCUAGUGUUUAUUAUUGUCUAUGUGAAAACUAUAUCCACUGAUAAACAGGCAGCCCGCACUGUCUCCUCAAGGCUGACUGGCACUGCACUAUUGUUGAAACCAAAAUCUGUAGUAUAAUGAGUGUUUUUACAUCCUUUACCUCACAGCAUUGUUCAUAACACGUCAAAAAAAUAGCAAUCAGUAUGUGGAUUUUGCCACCGUGUUGCAGUAGAUCUAAUAGGGUAGACAGCAGACAGGUAGCAAAGUUAGAUUCAUUCACCUUUUGUAUGGUUAAAACAAAACAUCCAACUUUAAACACUGUUAAUUCACAGCUGUACCUUUUAUAGUGUUGAAGCACCUCUAGCAAAACUAUGGGAAGGGUAGCUGUGAUUUUUCUUAGCCAGUUUUUUGCAAAAUAAAUCAAAAACAUAAAAAAAUGCAUUAAAGCCUUAUGAAACAGACAAACCUCGCCAAAUGCUGUAGGUAUGAGAAAAAUUCACUUCAUUUUUGUCUUAAAGAUGUAGUCUGUGCAAUAGUCUUAAGUGUUAAAUGCAAGUAUUUGAUAAGUGCUCUUUUUUGGGGGCGCAAUCAUGUGAUUGUAAAUAAGAUACAACUACUGUGUUCUGUCACUUGCGCUGUGCUGUAUGAAGAGAUCUUAUGAAGUUAAAGACAUUUAACAUUUUGUAGUUACCGGGAAAAUACUACUGGACUUUAUAUUGAGGCUUCCACUGGCAAAACUCUAGGCUACACCACUGUUAAUGGUUAAGAUCUCUUCCCAUCAAAAGUUGCAUGCACUGUUUGACAAAUUGUUUCGUCACCUUUUUGAAAAUCAUGUCUUUGUACCUUUUUUCUUGAUAAUACGGAGAUUGAUAUGGACUCGAGGGAAAG